UCAGCGAGCUUAGCGAAGAUUUAUCGAGAUAAUCAAGAACUUAAUGUUGCAUUAAUAUUGACGUUGGCAAAGAGUAAAAUAAAAUGCACGUGCGCGUGUCACGUACUCAUACUAUUACUUAUCUCUGUCAUCAUCGCCAUCACAACCACCAUCACCAUCGUGCAUUCUUUACUUGCUAUAUAGUAACAAUUGUGUACAUAUAAUACACUUAGCUGUGAUGUGGUUUUCAAGCAUACGUAUAGAUAGACGCAGUAUGUCAUAUGUCAUGCAGAGGUGGAUUAUGAUCAUUAUGAUACACCAGGACUGAGUGUAUCGUUUAUGAGAGCAGCUAGAGGGUUUUACGGUUAUUGUGUGUAGAAUUCUCGUAGGGGAUUGACGGUCUAAUCUUAGAAUAUGCUCAAAAUAUAACGAGUGACAUGUUAUAUUAGCCAACAGCUACAAUAUCACACAAACAGAGAGGAGGGAGAAGAAGUAGUCGUGUGCUUUUAACGUAAUAACAUGAAAAUAUGGAAACUCGAUUUCAUAUUUUUGCCUCUUCAGUAUUCUACUGCGUACGCGAGAAACAGUUUCAUUAUUAGUAUACUAAAUAUUAUCGCAAAAAUAAUAAUAGAGUUUUUAAACAAAUUACAUUUUUUAUUGAUGUUCUUUUAAUCAUAACAAUUAGUGUUUUAUAGAUACACACACGCAUAAGUCACUUACUCAAUUAAACUUUGUUCCAGUUAAUUCAAUUUCUCCUCUGUGUAUACUACUUUUAUUUAAUUAGUGAAUCGUGUUACUGGCAUAUACUCGUGUUUCAUUGGCAUUUUCUUACCUUAAUAUUUCCAUAUUUAUUUAUUUAAUUGUUGAUUAUAAUGACAGAGGAACAAGCGCAUGAUGCAAAACAACAGAUUGCGGCAAGCCCCGAGGACAUUGAGGAUCUUCCCGCGGGUCAGCAAGGUCCUCAAGUACCGCGGCGUCGAGGUGGUAUAUCUGCCGAGCCAGUGUCUGAGGAAGAUGCGACGAGUUACGUCAAAAAAGUUGUGCCCAAGGACUACAAAACUAUGGCUGCAUUGAGUAAAGCCAUUGCCAAAAAUGUUUUAUUCGCACACUUAGAUGAAAAUGAAAGAUCUGAUAUUUUUGACGCUAUGUUCCCUGUUACUUUUCUACCUGGAGAACUGAUUAUUCGCCAGGGCGAUGAAGGAGAUAAUUUUUAUGUUAUUGAUCAAGGAGAAGUUGAAAUAUUUGUUAAUGGAGAAUUGGUAACUACAAUCGGUGAGGGUGGUAGCUUUGGCGAAUUGGCGUUGAUCUAUGGGACUCCACGUGCUGCAACAGUACGUGCUAAGACGGAUGUCAAACUCUGGGGUAUUGAUCGUGAUUCUUAUCGACGUAUUCUCAUGGGCUCUACAAUUAGAAAAAGAAAAAUGUAUGAAGAGUUUUUAUCCAGAGUAUCCAUUCUCGAGUCACUUGAUAAAUGGGAGCGGUUAACGGUAGCAGAUGCCCUUGAACCAGUUGUUUUUGAAGACGGUGAAACAAUUGUAAGACAAGGAGAACCUGGAGAAGACUUUUAUAUUAUUGUCGAAGGGACAGCUGUGGUGCUUCAGCAACGUAGCGAAGGAGAAGAACCAACAGAAGUUGGAAGACUUGGUCCAUCCGAUUACUUUGGUGAAAUUGCAUUACUGCUGGACAGGCCACGUGCAGCAACGGUGGUAGCUCGUGGUCCAUUGAAAUGCGUUAAACUUGAUAGAGCACGCUUCGAGCGGGUCUUGGGGCCGUGCGCAGACAUUCUCAAACGGAACAUCACUCAGUAUAAUAGCUUUGUUUCACUAUCUGUGUGAAUUAUGCAUGAAAUUUGAAUGUUAUAUGCUAAUACUAAAAAUAAAUCUUAAUUCGUUUAUCGUAA